CUUUCUUCAUUCUCAUUUCUCGCUUGCUUCUCAGUUUCUUUACGUGUGACGGAGAUCGUUGAAUAAUCGUUAAAGAAAACAGGGAACGAAAGCGAAAGAAAGUCGUCGUCGGCGUUCGUCACCCGCCAAUUGUUUUAUGGGAGCUCAGCAAACCUAAACCUCAUAAACGACUCCUCUGCGUUUUUACUUCUCCUCCGGUCAACAUCAUCGACGCCUUAUUGUUCCUUCCCUGCUAUAAAAAUGGCUUUCCUUUCUUCAGUUCCCUCCAUCUCUCAUUGGUCCAUCAAAACUUCCCCGUGCUUUUCCCUAUUCUGCUUCUAUGGAAACGAUUUCUAGUUCUUCUUCAAUCUCUGCCCCCAAGUUCCGCUGCUUCGAUCCUUCUAAUUCCACUCCUCCUCCUAAUACAAGAAACCAUUUCUUCAAUUCUUCUUCUUCUUCUUCUUCUUCUUCUUCUUCUUCUUCGAUCAGUUCCAACUCACAGAUCAAAUCGUCAAGAAGCUCUAGUGAAUUGCCCACCAUGUCUCAACCCAAGAUUGUAACUGGUGAAUUUGGAUACGUACUCGAAGAUGUUCCUCACUUGACUGAUUAUAUUCCGGAUCUCCCUACCUAUCCCAAUCCAUUGCAAGAUAAUCCUGCAUAUUCAGUUGUUAAGCAGUAUUUCGUGGACAUGGACGAUACUGUUCCCCAAAAGAUUGUGGUUCACAAAACUAGUCCAAGAGGGAUCCAUUUUAGACGUGCUGGACCACGUCAAAAGGUUUAUUUUGAGUCUGAUGAAGUGCAUGCAUGUAUUGUAACGUGUGGUGGUCUAUGCCCUGGGCUUAACACAGUUAUUAGGGAAAUAGUGUGUGGCCUUAAUUACAUGUAUGGCGUUAACAGGAUCCUUGGGAUAGAGGGAGGAUACAAGGGUUUCUAUGCUCGAAAUACCAUUUCUUUAACACCCAAGGUUGUAAAUGACAUUCAUAAGCGUGGCGGUACUAUUCUUGGUACAUCACGAGGAGGACAUGAUACCUCUAAGAUAGUUGACAGCAUUCAGGACCGGGGUAUUAAUCAGGUGUACAUAAUUGGGGGAGAUGGGACACAGAAAGGGGCUUCUGUGAUUUAUGAGGAAGUUAAAAGGCGUGGUCUGAAAGUUGCAGUUGCUGGAAUCCCCAAGACCAUUGAUAAUGACAUUCCGGUUAUUGACAGAUCAUUUGGUUUUGACACUGCUGUUGAAGAAGCACAACGCGCCAUUAAUGCAGCUCAUGUUGAAGCUGAGAGUGUUGAGAAUGGUAUAGGCCUUGUGAAAUUAAUGGGUCGCUACAGUGGGUUCAUUGCAAUGUAUGCAACUCUUGCUAGCCGAGAUGUGGACUGCUGCUUGAUACCAGAAUCACCCUUUUAUCUUGAAGGACCCGGUGGACUUUUUGAAUACUUGGAGAAACGACUCAAGGAAAAUGGUCACAUGGUUAUUGUAAUAGCUGAAGGUGCUGGCCUGGAGCUGCUUUCUCAAAGCAUGCGUAACAUGGAUCAGAAGGAUGCUUCAGGAAACAAGCUACUCCCAGAUGUUGGGCUGUGGAUAUCUCAGAGGAUCAAGGAUCAUUUCUCAAGUAGAAACAAAAUGAGCAUCAAUCUCAAAUAUAUCGAUCCUACUUAUAUGAUCCGUGCUAUUCCAAGUAAUGCAUCUGACAAUGUGUACUGUACACUUCUCGCCCAAAGUGCAGUCCAUGGUGCAAUGGCAGGGUAUACAGGCUUCACAGUAGGGCUUGUAAAUGGAAGACACACUUACAUCCCAUUCAAUCGUGUGACUGAAAGACAGAACAAAGUCGUGAUUACUGACAGAAUGUGGGCAAGGCUUCUCUCUUCAACCACCCAGCCUAGCUUCGUUCGCCCAAAAGAACUCAUAAGCAAAAAACAAGAACCGGAACCACCUACACAAUUGUUGGACGGAGAGAACAGCCAUAAUGACAGUGAUACCCAGAAGAAGUAAGGACCUUUCCGGUUGGUUAGCCUUUUGGUUUUUCUGAGUAGGCAUUAGGUAAUUGAGAGUUUCUAUUUAUUCCCACCCCACCCAUACAUAUACAAUUCUCGACUGGUUAUUGGAUCAGUUUUGAUUAAUUUUGCUGUGUACGCUGAAGGCAGUUGUACCUUGUAUACAUGUAUUCUUCCAUCUAAAGAUUGCUUAUUUAUUAUCCAACUUGAAUGAAGGUCUCGAGUCGUAUUAUUGGUGGUGGUCAUGCUGUAUCUGUAUUAUGGUGAGGGAUUGUCAUUCUUGGCCAUCCCACUUCCAAACUUUAAGUAAUUAUUCCACGUUCCUUUUUUGUA